AUGGCACGAUCAUGGCAGACCCGACCUCUCCCCAAGCAGUCCUUUUUGAUAGAAAAACCAUACAUUCCUGUUCAAUCAAAUGUGUCCGAGGUCGUAUCGAGAAUCCUUAAUUUCGCCGAGGCCGACUCUGUGAUUGUAGCAGCAGCGUUCAAAUUAGGACACUAUUUUGAUGCUGGUGUCCUCUAUAGCAGAGCUCAAAAUGCCCUGGAGAUGUCCUUCAACACUGAGAGCAUGCGUUCGACCCGUCAUCGCGGGAUGAGAGACAACGUACUCGCAGAACGCAAGAUACGGUCGGCUGCCGACGAGGCCCUCGUCACGAGGGUGUAUACUACUCAGAUGGGGAUCCAUCAGGGGAUUCCCCUGAUGUAUAGUCAGGAGAUGAAGACAACGAUAUGA